GAUGUCGGAAAUGGUUGGGAAAGUGUCCAGAAAAAUAUGUAAAGGUAGAAAUUUUUUGCAUAAGUAUUAAUUACGAAAACCAUCCCUUGUGAUUCUUUUAAAGUACAUUUAUAUGGAAACAAGUAUAACAAUGCAUAAGGACGCGUUGACAAUAAUUUGCAAUUUAGAUUCAUUGUCACAAAAUGUAUCAACUGGAACAACCAAGACAGAAAAGAUACAACCGUCAAAAUCAACUACUAAGAAAGUGACAACUACUACUACGACAGCAACUACUAUUGCUCCUACCAAAACAAGACGCACGGCGUAUCCUACUGUCACCGAGAGUAUGGAUGAUACAACAACUGUCGUAGAAACGUCUACUGUUACAGAAGACCCGACACAUAUCGUAACAACCACAGUACAUGACGGAAAUCCAAUCGAAACAGUAACAGUCGAUGAAAUAACAUCUGUAAUGGCGACACCAGUAAUAACAACUCCAACCCCGGUAAUGACAACACCUGCAACGAUAACACCUGCCAUGACAACAACCGUAACGACAACGCCUCUGACGACAGCACCUCUUAUGACGACAGUUGUUACGACAUCACCUGUUAUGACAACACCUGUCAUGGCAUCACCUGUUAUGACAACACCUAUGAUGACAACGCCCAUAGUAACAAUACCGGUAAUAACAGCACCGGUAGCAACGCCUGAAGCAAAAAUACCUGUAAUAGCAACACCCGCAGCAGAUAUAUUAGCGCAAGCUAUGCCAACACCCACUUUACCAGCAUCUUUUAUGGCAGCACCUCCAGCGCCCGCACCUUCAACGCCAGCAAAUCCAGCGCCAGCACCUACUUCAACACAACUGAUAACAACUACUGUCACGAAAACUAUAGCGCCUGCAGCAAAAACUGUUUCUGAAACAAUUAUAAUCACAGUAACAAAAUCUGCAACAACGACAUCAACACCUGCAACAAAACAAACGGCGACAACAACAACAGAGACACCGACAACCACGUCAACAACCACGUCAACAACCACUCCAUUUUGUCCACCAUUAUGCCCGAUUAAAUGUGAGGAUGGAGAGUGUACACACUGCUGCACAACACAAGGUUCUGUUUACACUACUGCGCCAACAUGCCCUGCAGGCUGCCAUCUCGAAUAUCAUACACCAUGUGUGAACGGGAAUUGUAAACAACCCUGUCCUCAAUCAUGCGCAGUACAUUGUUCUCCAUGGUGCAAAAGGCAUUGCUGCAAUAGACAUAAAAUUAUGGACUGAGGUUGAUUAAACACAGGAUUUAAGGGAUAUUUAAUUGGCAAAGUAUCACAAUUUUCUGUGAUAAAUAUAGAUAUUAGUAUCUGAACUUUAGUAUGUGUUCUAACAUAUUGCUUUUAUAAAUUGUUGUUAUGUAUUUGUUUUAAUUGAACUAAAGAUGCAUUUCACUAGUAAUCAGUCCUGUUUGUUUCUCAAUAAAGCACCUGUAAAUGUACAUAAGUAUAUAUCUCGCUAUGCAAAAGUAAAAUCAACUACUUAUGGCUGUUCAAGUCUGCAUUAUAUAUUCCUGCUAAUAAUCCCAAUAUGGGAGAACUUGCUCGCAUGGACGCACGAA